GAGGCCGGGGCACCGCCCCUAAUUUGGAUGAUUUUGGAUCUGGUUCUCACGUGCAUCUGAGCUUGUGGGAGAACGAUCAGAAUGUUUUUAUGGGGUCAAGUAAAGAUAACUUUCAUGGAAUGUCAAAAACUGGAGAACAGUUCCUUGCUGGAGUGUAUCAUCACCUUCCGUCAAUAUUGGCAUUUACCGCUCCUCACCCAAACAGCUACGACCGCAUUCAGCCAGAUACUUGGAGUGGAGCUUAUCUAUGCUGGGGGAAAGAGAACAGGGAGGCUCCAUUAAGAACCGCAUGCCCACCUGGUGUGCCUCUUGAUUUAGUCAGCAACUUCGAGAUCAAAUCCUUCGAUGGUUGCGCAAAUCCGCACUUGGGUCUUGCUGCUGGCAUCGAUGGGCUAAGAAGACACCUUAAGUUACCUGAGCCAAUUGAAUCAAACCCUUCUGAUCACUCUUCAAAACUGAAAAGGCUACCGCAGAACCUGCAGGAAUCUGUAGAAUAGCUUUCUGCACAUAAGGUUUUGCAUGAGUUAAUUGGUGAUAAACUUGUCACAACUGCUAUAGUUAUAC